AUGUAAGCGAAAAAAUUGGAAUAGGCUGGGCACAUUCUCCCGUGUGUGUUUUCUCUUCUUCCAGCUUUUCUCCCCAACGUUCCCAAAAAUGUCUUCUGAAAGCGUGAAUUCGGCCAUUAGAGAAUUCUUAUCUUCUCUAAUCACUCCUAGCAUUCGCAACGCUGUUGCUUCUCCAGAAGCUGCUCCAGAGGCAGAACAACAACCGGUGUAUGGCUCAGAACUAACACCACUCUCACAGCCCCAACCACAAGCCCAGGUACAACAGUUGGAGCUACAACAACAACAACAACAACAACGAAGACAAGAUCAAGUGCAUGCCAUCUCUAAUGGCUUAAAGCGGUCCCGUAGUCCGGAUGGCACCGAUACUAUACGCAAAAAGAAAGCGAAAGAUUGUGGUGGCACUGCGGUCCGCAACAGUAGCAGCAACCGCCUUGGUCAAAGAGUCGGCAGCAAUCUUAGUCGGAGAGAUCGCCGGCAACGAAUCAAUGACUUGGACCUUGACCCAAGUACGCGACUUAUUGUGCGCCAUAUCAAUAACCGCUUGCGAGGAUACGAAUUACGUCAUCUUUUCGAAAAAUACGGCAAAGUGCUUGAUGUGACAAUGAAAAACGACGGCCAAUAUGGUUUUGUCCAGUUCGGUGAUCCAGAUAUUUGUGCUGAUGCCGUUCGUGGAGAAAACGGAACAUAUCAUAAUGGAUGUCUAAUGCAACUGGAAGUGUGUCGAGGCAAACCUCACGCAUUGGAUCGUCAAAGGGUCCGGAGCCGAAUGGACUCGUAUGUCCCCGAGAGUCGUCAACGAGGGGCUCGCAAGGAGGACCUAUACCGUCCCCGACGUGAUAACGUCGAUGACAACGACAACGACAAAGACCAUCUGUCACGCCGCCGUGUCAGUAAAGGCGACGAUUCUCGCAUGGGAACAUCGUCAUCUUUACCGAAACCCCAGUCCGGCGUCCACAUCAACAACGCGUCCCGAAGAAAAGAUUUUCCUCUGCCCCGCCGUUACGGUAGCAAUGUUCCUGUCGUACAAAUCAUUGCCAUGAGUGAUGCAGACCGUCCCUUUGUCAACUAUGUUGAAAAUGCCUUCCAGAACCGUAGUACGACCAUUCAUACCUUGUUCUUGCAGCAAGACAGUGUCUCCAGAGACGCCAUUGUCAAGCAAAUGAUCUACGAAGGUGUGAAGGCAAUAAUUAUCAUUGAGAGAGGAUGUGAAGUUCUUCGCACGAUCUAUCUUCAAGUAUUCGACCGUAGUGCUGAAACGGAUACGGAUGCCGUACGAUUCGAUGAAUACGAUAACAUCCACGUUGAUGACGCAAUUGCUAUUGUUCAACAUAUCCAACAGCCUCCAAUUCUGCUGCCUACCAGCUUCGGCGAUGGAACCACAAUGACGCCCCCUGCCUUCCGCUACCCUCCCCAACCCACUACCUCCACCCCGUCCCUUUUCCCUGCAUUUGUGCCACCUACUUCUUCCAUGUUCUCUUCUGCUCCUGCCAAUGCUGCUACCGCCCCUCCUGUUUUAGGCAAUGCCGAUCCACUCAAUUCUCUCGUCAGCCUACUUCAGUCCAACCUGGUGCCAUCGUCAUCCUCACCACAACCGCCAUCACAUGAAGCUGCUUCUGGCUCUAACCCCAAUAGUGCUUUACUUCAAGCGCUUGCCUCACUGAUUAGCAAUAACACAGUGGCUCAACAACAGCAACAACAUCAGCAGCAGCAAGCCAUGUUGCUACAACAGCUGCUUACACAGCUCACUGCUUCUUCUCAACAACCGCAGCAACAUCAGCAGCAAGGCGGCAGCAGCAGGACCAAUCCGCUUAUGGCUCAUACCCAAUCCCACCUCCCUUCUUCCACCGCCAAAACUGGCCAAACCCCUCUCAUCCCCAGUGUCACUGAGCUUGUAGGUAAAAUUAAGACUCUCUCCCAACAAUUACAGAGCGGAAACGGCGAUAUCAUGCAGCAACAAGACCAGCAACAACCAUCUUCUUCCCAGACCAAAUAUUCGGGCCAUGGCUUAUCCACAAAUCGCAAACGUUAGGUUGGAGCUCACUCUCCUGUGGAGAUGCUGUAUCUUCUCUGCCAUCCGCCGACCUGUCAUCUGUUUCUAUUUUCUCUUUCUCCUCUCUUCUACUUUUAAACAAACCGCAUUCUUCAACUCUUGUGUGCUCCCCGAUUUAUGUUCCUUCCACUUAUUGUUACCUUCAGUAUAGUACGACGCAUUUCUUAUAUACGACUCCCCUCUUCCUUUCCCCCUAAUGCUAAUCGUUAAGCAUAUUAAAAAGCCCUUAUGAUAUACUUUGCUACAUUUAGCGCACGACGAUAUUAAUGUUUUCUAGGUACAUUUGCAAUACAGGGGAUGGCAACGAUAUACAUCAAUCGAUAAAUUAAAGUAGACAGAGUUUUCAUGCUUUUGCUGUAGAAUCGUUAUGUAUAUCAUCUACUAUUAAUACGCUACUGAUGUUCGUUCCUUAUAAUCGCAGUUGCUCUUUCACUUGAC